UUAGAGUGACUGGUUGUUAUCGCUAUAUUUAUAAAAUAAUAAAUUUUCUCACAUAGUAAAUUUGUAGUAUUUUUUAGUGAUCAAUUUGUAAGAGCUUUAGCUAAAUAUUAGGAAAUAAGAAGAAACGUCCAUGGCUGAAAAACCUCAUAAGAAAACUAUGGUAAAGCUGAAGCAAAUAGGAAGUAAAAGCUCUAGUUCAAAGACGAAAUUUAUGAGAUCAAAAGACCAAGAUCAAAGUCUCAGAUCUAAACCUGAAACAGAGAGCAGCCUUAAAGAAUUAUCAGAACUUGAAAAGGAACUGUUUACAAUAAAAAUAAAUGAACUGGAGGAAAGAUUGGUUCGGAAAACUCAGUUAUGCGAAUUCUUGGCUGACGAGAAGGCAACAUUUGAAUAUGAAAGUAAAAAUCUGAAAUUGCGUAAGAAGGAAAGCAUGGGUUUGCUAAAUAAAGCAUAUCAAGAAUUUUGCCUUGAACUACAUCUUCUGGAUCAUGAAUUAAAAAUCCUUGAGGAUGGAUAUUCUAUGUCUGAACAGAAGGAAAAGGAAGAUCUUGAAGCAAUCAAAAGACUUAAUGCACUGUCUUCUUUGGAGAUGGAACUAGUUGAAAGGUUGGAAGAGGCUAAAAGAAGCGUAAAUGAAAUUGAUGAGCUUGAAUCAAAACUUCGACAAUUACAUUAUCAAAUUAAUCAGAGAAAUGAUCACUUUAAUGCCAAAGUCACUCUCUUGAGUUCAGACUUUAUGGAUUUUAUUAGAAAACUGGAAGAAAAGUUGAAUACCAUGGUCGAAAAUACCAUUAAAGACAAAGAACUGAAACUACAUUUACUGCCAUUGCCUUACCAAGCACUGUUUAUGAGUGGACAGCUGGGAAAGACUUGGUGUGAUUCUGUACUGAAAUCUUGUGAGAAUAUCUUGCAACAAAACGCAGACAUAAAAAUGAAUUUGAAUGCGACGGAAAAAGAAAGCCAGAAAAUUUAUGAAGACAUUUCCAAAUCCUUGUUUUCAAUUGUGACAUCACAGCAAAUUCGACAGCUUAAUUCUCUUCAGCAGAAGUCUGCAUUAUUGAAAACUCUAGAGCAAAAAACCGUAGAGCCUUCAAAUGUUUUGCUUGAAAAUGAAAUGCAUUCAAAAUAUAUGGAUCAUCUUAGUAGCUUGGCUACUCACCUAGAAAAAGAAACAGGUGAUUUACUUAAGAAUCUCAGAGAGGUGGAGUGUACAAUUGUACAACAUGAGAUGUCAGAUUAUGAAGCAAGGAAAGACUUUCACAUGAUGCGUAUAAUAAUGCAGGCAAAAGAUGCUAUCAUUAAGGAGCUUUGAAUAAGGAAGGAUGACAAGGAGCAAAUGACAUAAUAUAUCUGUGUGUGUCCAAUCGAUAGUACAAACUUAGUAAAAAAAUGGCUAACUUUGAUUGAACAUUUUCCAGAAGUUAAAAUAUCAAUGCAACUUUUUAUAUAUGGGUUCCUGUUUGGCUUUGUGAAAAAUAAUAGCAGUUAACAAAAGGAGACAAACUUCAAAUAUUUAAUAUAUUUGUAACAAACACUAUACAUUAUUUUGUUUGUGUGUGUAUAUAUAUAUAUGUUUCAUAAUUAAAGAGUGAUUUUACCCCUGUCUUGUCUGCAAUCUAAAAAUGCUAAAUUUCAGUAUUUUUUGUAUCAUUAUUUAGAUGUAUAUAAUAU